UGAUGGAGAAAUUAGACAAUUGCCCUGUUAGUUGUCGGUGGAAACUAAAAUUAUACCAAAAUGGAAUCUUCCCAAGAUUGUCGUGGUACCUGUCUCUACUUCCUCUUUCACCAAGCUGGCUGCAAUCUGAAUUAGAUAGAAUUGUUACAUCUUACCUCAAGAAAUGGUGUAAACUUCGUCGCUCGGCCUGUACUGCCAUCUUCUACCUCCUCCCACAAAAUGCUGGUCUUGGCUUACCCCGUUUGUCUACGUCUUCCAUCUCCCUCCAGUCUUCAAAAUCUGCCCGUCUCUUAUCCUCACAUGACAACUGUGUCCGCUCUUUGGCCACCAGUCAAGCAUAUAAUAAAUCGUAUAGCAACAGAUUCUCUGCUUUUAGAGAAGCAGCAAAGUCACUAUCUGAAACACCAGGUGCUUCUGCAGCAAAAUUGAGUGACAUCACCAAAUCAAGACUAAAGGAGGAACACCAAAAACAACUUCUUGCAAGAACUAAGAAUCUACAUGUCCAGGGAUCCAUCUUCCGUCUAGAGAACUGUUCAUCUGACGUCUGGGCAAAUGUUGUCUCUUGUCUUCCCGGUCAUCAACUCUCUUUUGUCCUCAAUGCCGUUUCUGAUACCCUCCCUUCAAAUGCUAAUCUUGUCCUAUGGAGUAAACGUUCUUGUGAUAAAUGUCCUCUAUGUCAUCAACGUCAAACCCUUCUUCACGUUCUCAAUAAUUGCUCAGUCCUCUUACAAUGUCGUCAUUACAAUCAACGUCACGACUCUGUUCUCAGUCUUCUCUAUAAUGCGGCUAUUAACCAUCUACCACAUCAAUUCAACAUCUUUGCUGAUUUAAAAGACUGUGAAGUAAAGUUUCCGUCUGACAUCAUUCCUACUGCACAAAGGCCUGACAUGUUGAUUUGGAAUAAUCAUACGCUCAAAUUUUAUGUCAUAGAACUAACAAUCCCUUUCGAAACAAACUUUUUUGAUGCAAAUAAAAGAAAAUCAGAACGGUAUACAGACUUCAUGAUGACCAUCAAAUCAAAAGGCUUCACCUGUAAGCAACUAAAUAUUCAAAUAGGAUCUAGAGGCUUUAUUGAUACUCCAAGUCUUCUCCCCUUCCUUGAUGUCAUCUCUAUUCCUCCUCACAAUCAACGUCAACUAUUAUCAUCAAUCGUAAAGGUGACAAUUGAAGAAUCUCGUAAAAUAUGGUUAGCCAGAAACAAUAUUUAGUUGUACAUUACUUGUUAGAGCUUUUACUAUUACUUUACUGGCGCCACAUUAUUGUUAAGUGUGAUGGCCAUGUAUUAGUGAGGUGCUCCUCGUUUAUCUAAUAAAUGAGUUCUUUAUGU